AUGCUUCCUCCUAUACCACGGCCCACAGACUACGGAGUGUCUCCGGACAGAGGAUUCCUGCCUUCGGAGAACCCUCUACAAUGUCUCCCACAUCAAGUCUAUGAUCGCUGGGAGCGUAUAAUGAACAACUUCCAGUCACUCUUGUUGUCCAAGCGACUCCGAACUGUUAUCGACAGGCUACCAGUCCUCCCCGCUGUCCACCUGGAAACCGAAGCCGAGUGGCAACGAGCGUACACUGUGCUGACCUUCAUGGCGCAUGGCUACAUCUGGGGCGGGGAGAAGCCAUCAGAAAGACUACCUCCAUCAAUCACAUACCCCCUCCUACAAGUCUGCGAGCACCUUGACCUCCCCCCAGUCGCAACAUAUGCUGGACUCUGCUUAUGGAACUUCAAACCGCUCUUCCAAGCCCAGGGUCUCGUGCUCGAAAACCUUUCCAUUCUGUCCACCUUUACCGGCUCGCUGGACGAACAAUGGUUUUAUUUGAUCAGUGUCGCCAUGGAGGCAAAAGGAGGACCAUGUAUACCCAUUAUGUUGAAAGCGAUCCAAGCCGCACGAAACCAGGAUGCCGAGACAGUCACCACAUGUUUACAAUCAUUCGCGCAAACGCUAGAUGAUCUGGCUACGACGCUGGUCAGGAUGUACGAAAACUGUGAUCCUCACGUAUUCUACCAUAGGAUCCGACCGUUUCUCGCCGGUAGUAAAAACAUGGAAGAUGCAGGGUUGCCACACGGCGUGUUUUACGACGAUGGCAGCAGCCGUUCCACGUGGCGACGGUAUGGUGGCGGCUCCAACGCACAGAGCAGUCUAAUUCAAUUCUUUGAUAUUGUCCUGGGCAUCGAACACCGACCGACAGGAUCCAAGAUAGACGAGUCAUCUGAGUCGGAGGCCGAACCUGGAGCAGCACCUAAACCCAGACACAAUUUCAUCCAUGAGAUGAGACAGUACAUGCCUGGGCCUCAUCGAAGGUUUCUGCAAGCUGUCGAGUCCGUUGCCAACAUCCGAGAUUUCGUGGACUUCAACAAGUCCAAUCGACCAUUAACUAUCGCCUACGAUGCGUGUCUGGCCAUGCUGAGGUCUUUACGAGAUAAACACAUUCAGAUGGUGUCGAGAUACAUUAUCGUCAAGAGCAGGGAGUCCCGCAGCUUGAGUCGGACUCGGCGCGGGAGCAGUUCCGACCCGGUCCAUACCAGAGGGACUGGGAUCGCCUCGAUCCAAUACGGUCGACCUCAAGAUGGCGACCGGGCCCCAAAGAAAAAGAUGCGUGGCACCGGAGGGACUGCUUUGAUACCUUUCUUAAAGCAGGCCCGGGAUGAGACCGGAGAACCCGCUAUUGACGACUGGGCACGGAAACUCCUGAUGGGAGGUCGUCGCACGGAGGCUGAUGCCGAAAUUGCUUUCGAGAGCAGACUUACCGCCGCCGAAUUGGACUCGGACGAACCUCAAAUCGUUGGGCUUGCUGGGGCAUGGAAUAUGGAAGACGCCGGCGGCGGGCUCUGUGCAUAUUAA